AUGGCGUUUCGCGCAUUCACGCGCUGUCGCGCUCUGUUGAGUGGUACCGUUAGACGCGCACCAUCCCGACCGAUCGGUUUAGGAACCAACUCAUCGAAAGCCAAGUUCUUCAGAUCAAUUCACACGGCACCACAACCCAAGAAAAUUGGUCCAUUCAUCCCUCUUCAACUCUUGAUUCUCGGUGCAGUCCCGCUCUUUGCGGGGUACCUCAUCGGCCGCUCCGGUGCCUCGGGCCCGGAAGCUGAGGGCCCGGGGAAGUUGUCGCAUGUAGAUUUCGCAAGCCGGAAGCAAAUGGUCAAGGCGGCCCAGGAGAUCUCCAAUGCUCUAGGUGAAGGUGCAGUCAGCUUCGAUGAAGAUGAGAUUGAGCUUCAUGGACACUCUGAUUGGUCUACUUCCAACUCGAGCGGUCGCGCCGUGGCUAUCGUCUAUCCGAGGACGACGGAAGAUGUCUCGCAGAUAGCCAAGAUUUGCAACAAGUACAAUGUGCCAAUGGUACCUUUCGGCGCCGGCUCUUCCGUCGAGGGAAGCUUCUCAUCACCAUACAGCGGAAUCUGCAUCGACUUUGUGCACAUGGACAAGAUUAUAGCUUUCCACCCUGACGACAUGGACGUCGUCGUCCAGCCAGGAGUAAACUGGGUAAAUCUCAACAAGGAAAUCCAAUCCUCAGGCCUCUUCCUCCCGCUAGAUCCCUCGCCUACAGCCCUCAUCGGCGGCAUGGUCUCCACAAACUGCAGCGGCACAAACGCCUUCCGCUACGGCACGAUGAAAGACUGGGUUGUCAACUUGACCGUCGUCCUCGCCGAUGGGCGCAUUAUCAAGACCCGCCGACGGCCGCGCAAGAACUCGGCGGGGUACAACCUGACGAGCUUAUUCGUCGGCGCCGAGGGCACGUUGGGGAUCGUGACGGAGGCGACGGUGAAGCUUGCGGUCGCGCCGGCGGAUUCGAGUGUGGCCGUGGUGUCGUUUGGAACAAUUGAGGAGGCGGCGAGAGCUGCGACAGGGUUGAUAAGGAGCGGGGUGCCACUUGGGGCGCUGGAAUUUUUGGAUGAGGUGCAGAUGAGGGUUAUCAAUCGGCAUGGGAGUGAGGCUGUUCGCAAGACUGCGUGGGAUGAGAGUCCAACGUUGUUUCUGAAGUUCUCGGGGACCACAGACAACAUCAAGGGAGAUAUUGCUAGGGUCAAGGAAAUCGUGCACCCGUUCAAGCCGCGCAAGGUCUUCUUCGCCAGAGACAAGCAGGAAGAAGUUGAUCUAUGGGCCGCGAGAAAGGAAGCUCUCUGGACGAUGACGUCGAUCAAGCCCGAGGGGUACUCUCUCUGGUCUACAGAUGUGGCUGUGCCAAUUUCGAGGUUGGCCGAGAUCAUCACAUUAUCCAAGGAAGACUCUGGAAAGCUCGGUCUCUUUGCGAGCGUCAUUGGACACGUCGGAGACGGCAACUUUCACCAGGCGGUCAUGUAUGACCCCAAGAACGAAGAGCAGCGAGCUUCAGUUGCCAAGUGUGUUCAUGAUAUGAUGGGCAGAGCUUUGGAGAUGGAGGGCACCGUCUCUGGAGAACAUGCUAUCGGUAUCGGGAAGAAGGAUUGUCUUGUCGAUGAGCUCGGCGUUGAUGCUAUUGAUUUCAUGAGGACGUUGAAGCAGGCUGUGGACCCGAAAUGGAUUAUGAACCCUGGCAAAGUAUUUGACCUUCCUAUCAAUUCGAAAGCCGUUGCUGCAUCAUAA